CUCUCUCUUAAAUUCCCCACGUUUCGCUCUCUAGUUUUUUCUCCUGUUCUGGAAAGAUUUUUCAAAGUGUUUCUGGAAAACAAAAACAAAAACAAUUUCUUUUGUUUAUGUUUUCCAGAGAAAGAGAACCAUUUUCAGAAUCUUGAAUUGUGCUCAAAAGUCUGCAGCUCUAUUUAUAUACCAUACCAUUUCAUGGUUGCAAGAUUCCAUUUUGGUUAAUCUCCCUGUGCAGAAAAAGAAAACCCUAAAGAAGCAAAUUUUUACUGGGGUUGCUGAAUUCUGGUGAUUAUUAAAGCGGGGUGUGCUUAAAUUUGCACAAUUUCCAAAAGGAUUUGUUUUGGGAAUGUGAAGCAGAAUAGGAAGUAGUGAAGCUUCAGUUUUUGGGAAUUUCCUGGGAUUUUGUUAGUGGAAAAAUGGGAUUUGAGUUGGGAGCUUUGCUAGGAAAGAUGAAUAUAUUAUCAUCAACCUCUGAUCAUACUUCAGUGGUAUCAUUGAAUAUUUUUAUUGUGCUUUUGUGUAUAUGUAUCGUGAUUGGUCAUCUUUUGGAGGAAAAUCGGUGGAUGAAUGAAUCCAUUACGGCUCUCAUUAUUGGUGUAUGCACUGGAGUCGUAAUUCUACUAAUUAGUGGAGGAACAAGCUCGCAUCUGUUGGUUUUCAGUGAAGAUCUUUUCUUUAUUUAUUUGCUUCCUCCGAUCAUUUUCAAUGCUGGGUUCCAGGUUAAAAAGAAGCAAUUCUUUCGCAAUUUCAUUACUAUAAUGCUGUUUGGAGCACUUGGUACUUUGAUAUCCUUCGUCAUCAUAUCCUUGGGUGCUAUUGGCUUUUUCAAGAACAUGAAUCUUGAACCUCUGAAAAUAGGAGAUUUUCUUGCAAUUGGAGCAAUCUUUUCAGCUACAGAUUCUGUUUGCACUCUACAGGUUCUCAAUCAGGAUGAAACCCCCUUAGUUUACAGUCUGGUGUUUGGGGAAGGAGUUGUAAAUGAUGCCACAUCAAUUGUGCUCUUCAACGCGGUCCAGAACUUUGACUUGUCUCAUGUCAACACUAGUGUGGCUUUAAAGUUGAUUGGAAACUUCAUAUAUUUAUUUAUCACAAGUACUGUUCUUGGAGUUGUUGCUGGGCUGCUUAGCGCAUUCAUCAUAAAGAAGCUCUACUUUGGCAGGCAUUCGACUGAUCGUGAGGUUGCUCUAAUGAUGCUGAUGGCAUACCUUUCGUACAUGCUAGCUGAAUUAUUUGACUUAAGUGCUAUCCUCACUGUGUUUUUCUGUGGGAUUGUGAUGUCGCAUUACACCUGGCAUAAUGUAACAGAGAGCUCAAGAAUUACCACCAAGCAUGCUUUUGCAACAUUGUCAUUUGUUGCUGAAAUUUUUAUAUUUCUGUAUGUUGGUAUGGAUGCCCUGGACAUUGAUAAGUGGAAGAUUGUAAGUGACAGCCCCAAGACAUCAAUUAAAGUUAGCUCAAUUCUACUGGGACUUGUUUUGUUGGGAAGAGCAGCUUUUGUCUUUCCUCUGUCACUUUUAUCCAACUUGACCAAGAAGUCUCCAGAAGAGAAAAUUCACUUCAAGCAGCAAGUUACCAUAUGGUGGGCAGGUCUCAUGCGUGGUGCUAUUUCCAUGGCCCUUGCUUAUAACCAGUUCACAAGGGCAGGUUAUACCAAACUUCCAGGGAAUUCAAUCAUGAUCACCAGUACAAUAACAGUUGUUCUUUUUAGUACAGUGGUUUUUGGCUUGAUGACUAAGCCUUUGAUAAGGCUCUUGCUUCCCUCACCAAAGCACUUGAGCAGAAUGAUCUCUUCUGAGCCAGUAACCCCAAAAUCCUUCAUUGUACCUCUUCUCAAUGGACAGGAUUCAGAAGGUGAUCCAGGUGCCCACGUGCCUCGUCCAUCAAGCUUAAGGAUGCUCAUGACUGCUCCAUCUCACACAGUGCAUUAUUACUGGAGAAAGUUUGACGAUGCCUUCAUGCGUCCUGUUUUUGGUGGAAGAGGUUUCGUGCCAUAUGUGCCAGGCUCACCAACUGAACAAAAUGGCAAUCAAUUUCAUUGAAGGGUAAUAUUGCAGAAAGGCCACCAAAUUCACCAGUUUCCUCUAAUGCAAGUCACUUUUUUGACCUCUUGAUAUUGUGUUUCGAGUGUUCUAGUGUUUCACUGUAGGGUUUUGUUCUAAUUUAUUAUAUAGUUUGCGAGGAGGGAUUCUCCAUUAGUUGUGGUCAUCAGUCAAAAUUUUGCCUAUGGGGGCAUUCGCUGACCCCAAAGUUUGUACAUGAGAACUUCAAGAGGUUCUUUUGCCCGUCAACAUAUUUCUAGAACACCAGAUCGGUGUAUAUUCCUUGAGAACUUGCCAUCUCAACUUGCAUGUAUAAUAGAAAUUUUUGGCCGUUAAUAUAUGUCAACAACAGCAGAGUGCAUCUAUCAUA